UCCGGCUGCCGCACCGUCCUGCGCCUCCACAGGGCCCUGCGCUGGCUCCAGCUCUUCCUGGAGGGGCUGAGGACCGGCCGGGAGGACUCUCGGACGUCCGUCAUCUGCACGGACUCCUACAACGCUUCGCUGGCCACCUACCACCCCUGGGUGAUUCGCAAGGCUGCCACGGUGGCCUUCUGCACGCUGCCGCCCCGGAACACCUUCCUGGAAAUCAUGAACGUGGGCACGGCUGAGGAGGCUGUCGCUAUGCUGGGCGAGGCCUUGCCCUAUAUCUGCGAUGUCUACGGCAUCACCCAGGAGCUCUUUGCCCAGCACAAGCUGCUUGACCUUCCCUGA